ACAUUUCAUCCUUGUAGACUUGACAAUGCAGAUUUAGCAUUAUGCUGACUAUUUUGACCUGUCUGUGUUAAUAACUGUUAAACCGUCCAUCUCUUUUCAGUCAUUCCACUCACAACUUGACAGUUUCAGUGCCCUGGGCCAGUUCAUAAAAUCACAUAUAUAUAAUUUCAGAUGACAGAAAUUAUGUAUAUAUAUUCAAUUUUUUCCCUCAUGUAGCUACAGGGAGUGUUUGGCAGAAAGCUGUGACAGUUCACCUCAGAUACAGCUUCAGUUUUCCCAAGAGAGAUGGAUGCUUUAAAAGGCAGAUGAGCUAUCUGUCCAGUGUGACACCCGGACCGUAGUUCCUUGAGUGCUCCCUAGACAUUCUCUCUCGAUCAAGAUCCAAUUAAAUCUGUUGCAUGCGUGACUUCCUUCCUGGUCUUGAGGGUCUCCCUAGAGAUCUGGUAUUCUGAAGAGAACAGCACCAAUAAAUAGCUAAACACUGGAGACCUCCGCUCAACAUUAAUUUGUAUGAACCAAUUCUCUUCUUACACAAGUGCAUCCUCUCUGUGGAAUUGAUUUCUUGUCCUAGUAUUUUGCCUUUGUUGUGUCCUGAACUCCUGCUCUGGAGAGAUGUUAACUGAGGCCAGCGAUUAAAAUGCAUUGUUGGAUGUAAUAGUGCCGGUAUUGAAGAUUCUGUGUCAGGGGUGCAUGUGUUUUGUUUGCUUGUUUGUGAACUUUGUUUGUUUUUGGUAUGUUCUAUUCCCAUCUAUCCCGAAAUAAUCAAAUGUUUUAUACCAGGACAUUGCAACCAUGCAGCUCUGUGCUAACAAGUUGGAUAAGAAGGAUUUCUUCGGGAAGUCUGAUCCCUUCCUGGUGUUUUACCGCAGCAAUGAAGACGGCACGUUCACUAUCUGUCACAAAACAGAGGUGAUAAAGAAUACAUUGAACCCUGUGUGGCAGCCCUUCACCAUCCCAGUGAGAGCUCUGUGUAACGGAGACUAUGACAGAACAGUGAAGGUUGAUGUUUAUGACUGGGACAGAGAUGGAAGUCAUGACUUCAUCGGAGAGUUUACGACCAGCUAUAGAGAGCUGUCUCGUGGGCAGAGCCAAUUCAAUGUUUAUGAGGUUCUGAAUCCCAAGAAGAAAGGGAGGAAAAAGAAAUAUGUCAACUCUGGCACGGUAACACUUUUGUCCUUCAAAGUAGAAUCGGAGCACACAUUUGUGGACUUCAUUCGAGGCGGAACACAGCUCAACUUCACUGUAGCCAUAGACUUCACCGCCUCUAAUGGAAACCCAUCUCAGCCGACCUCGCUCCACUACAUGAACCCGUAUCAGCUGAACGCAUACGCCAUGGCCCUUAAAGCCGUGGGGGAAAUCGUCCAGGAUUAUGACAGUGACAAACUCUUCCCUGCCUACGGCUUUGGAGCUAAACUCCCUCCUGAUGGCAAGAUCUCUCAUGCUUUUCCCCUGAACUCCGACUGUGAGAAUGCAAACUGCGUCGGCAUCGAAGGCGUGCUGGAGGCGUACUAUGACUGUCUCCGGAAAGUGCAGCUCUAUGGCCCCACCAACUUUGCCCCUGUCAUCAACCAGGUGGCACAGUGUGCGUCAGAGGUGACAGAUGGCUCUCAGUACUUCGUGCUGCUGAUCAUCACAGACGGUGUCAUUUCCGACAUGGUACAGACUAGAGAAGCCGUGGUCACCGCGGCGUCUCUGCCCAUGUCAAUCAUAAUUGUAGGAGUCGGCCCUGCUGAAUUUGAUGCAAUGGAAGAGCUGGAUGGAGAUGAGGUCAGGGUGUCCUCCAGGGGACGUGUUGCUGAGAGAGACAUUGUCCAGUUUGUGCCGUUCCGAGACUACAUCGACCGAUCUGGGAACCAGGUGCUCAGCAUGGCCCGUCUGGCCAAGGAUGUACUGGCCGAGAUACCCGACCAGCUGCUGUCGUUCAUGAAGAGCAGAGGCAUUGAACCCAGACCAGCCCUCUCCCCAUCUCCCACACCACAGAUAAACGUCCACCUCUGAUCCUAGAGCAGUGUUUUAUCCACAGCUACAGUAUAUGUUCACGUCUGAAACCCCCGGGUCCGUCACUGGGGACGCACAUUUUUACUUUCUACAUCGGUUAGCAGUAGCACAUAAUGUAGUUGCAAUAAUAAUCAACUGAAAUCAGGAAUAUGUUAAUGUAAGUGUGUGGUGUAAUACUUUAUAAUCAGCCAGCAAUCAAUCAAAAAACACAACAGUUUUAGCUUGCCUUGGAAUGGAAGAUGUGGAAGUAAAGAGAGGGUGAAAUUACUGACAAGAAAUGUCUGGGUCAUAUUUUCUAAAAAAAUCUACAGACUAGAAAAUCAAUGAAAUAUGCAUACAAUUUUACAUGAAAUGCAAUACAUAAAUAAAAUAAAAUAAAUGAAUCCCAUUUCAGUUAAUGGAAAUGUAUUGCUUUGAGACAUUAUUUUCUCAUUCGCAAAUUCUAAAAUCUCUCAUUAC